CCUCUCCAACAAUUGAACCACUUUGCAGCUUCCUCUGACAAAAUGAUUACCCAUAUUGUGCAAUUACAGUUCAAAGAUUCUAUCAGCCCCGACCGGGUCCAAGAAGUAUGCAGCCACUUGGUCUCGUUGAAGGACAAGUGUCUUCAUCCCACAAGUCAGACACCAUACAUUAGAUCUUUCCGCGCCGGAAAACAGAAUUCGCCCGAGGGAAUCAACAACGGUAUCACUCAUGUGUUCGUCAUGGAGUUCGAAUCCGAGGAGGAUCGUGAAUACUACCUAAACAAGGAUCCCGAGCAUCUAUCCUUCGUCAAGGGUCUGGGCGGGGUGUUGGAGAAGGUGCAGGUGGUUGACUUCACGAACGGCGUCUUUUAGAUCUCGACCGGGCCGGGCGAGCGGGCGCGGGCGGGCCUUCAUCUAUCCGAGCUUGUCAUUGUGCACGGUUGAGGUUGGAUGGCAGGGAUGUUGAUCGCACUGGCUUAAACAUCACUUGCGGUUGCGUAACUAAAUGAUGUUCCAGGCGAAUACCAGUACUGAAAAAUGUGACUUGGUGUUGAUUGAACGAUUCCUUGGUUGAUGUAUCAUGAUGGUUGUAUACAUGCACAAGGCCUGGCUCAGUACGAAGC